AUGUUCAAGGUUGUUGCAUCAGAUUUGGAUGGAACUCUGCUGGCUCCAGAUCACAGUCUUACAACACUGGCAAAGGAAACACUACAGACUCUAUCAAAGAACAAGGGAGUGGAUGUUGUAUUGGCAACUGGUAGACAUCAUGUUGAUGUCGCAAGAAUUAGAAACAACCUCAAUAUCGAUCAUGGCUACUUCAUUGCAUCGAAUGGCGCAGUCGUACAGAACAGUGCUGGAGAGAUCAUCUUUGAACAUGUCAUUCCUGCAGAGCUGGCCGCAAGACUCUACGACUUGGUCAAGGACGACAAGGAGAUCUUAACGAACGUCUAUCGCAAGGAUGAAUGGCACAUGAACAACGAUGUACCCGAGGUGAAGAAGUGGUUCACCGAGUCAAACUUCACAUACAAGGUGUUCAAGCACGACGGAUCGCUGCCGCUCGACGGCGUUCACAAGGUGUUCUACGUGUCGUUGAACCACGAUCGCCUGCUCCAACUCGAGCAGCAACUCAUUGAAUCCUUCCCAGAUGUGGCCGUGUGCUUUGCCUCCACCUUCUCACUCGAGGUGAUGCAGAAGGGUGUGAGCAAGGGCAAUGCUCUGGAAGAGGUUGUCAAGCUACUUGGACACACCAUGCAGGAUGUUGUAUCGUUUGGCGACAGCAUGAACGACUUGGAGAUGUUGUCAAUGUCUGGUAAAGGAUGUCUAAUGGAGAAUGCCCAACAGAGACUCAAGGACAGUCUGCCGAGCAAUGAUAUAAUUGGAUCAAACACAAGCGAUGCAGUACCAAACUACUUGCGCCGUAUCUAUUCAUUAUGA